AUGAUGAUUAAUCAUUUAGUUAAAAGUUUUGAAAACUUUAAGGAAUUAUCAUCACAAUGGAAUACCUUUAGAGAUAAAGGUACUAAAAUAAUGAGUACAUUAGUUAAUAAACAUUUAAAAGUUUCAUAUAUAGACCUUUAUGAUUUUAGUGAUUCAAUAAAAGAGAAUACUUCUCUUCAAUUUAAAUAUAAACAAUCUCAAUUUAAUGAUUUAAUUUCUUGUUAUGAAAAAUUAAAUUCAACAAUUUUAGAAUUGAAAGCAAUAGUUGAAAAAAUUAAUGAAAAUUUAAGUAGCCUAAGUGUUAGUAAAAAACCAAAAUCCUAUCAAGAAACAAUUGAAUUAAAACUAUAUGAAUAUUAUGAAGAUAUUAUUAAAAUGUAUAAUAAAUCAUUAGAGAAUAAACAACAAAUUAUAAAUAAUAUUAUGAAUACUGAAGAUAGAGAUCAAUUAUUAAUUCUAAUUACAUGUUGGUCAAAUGAUAUCCAUAUAAAUAAUAAAACAAUUGAUUUAGUUGAGGAAAUAUUCAAAACUGAAAAUAAUAAUAGUCCACUAUAUAAAUAA